GUUCCAGGGGGCUUGGAAUUCCUGGCCGUCUGUGGGCAGCUCAAGGACUCGGAGGGCCUCUCGGUGCACAAUUUGGACAUUCUGUCCUUCAUAGGCGCUCUACGUUCGUCUUACCAGGGUUUGUACGUUCUCAGCGCUGAUUUCCAGAUGGAGCCCGAAGAGCUGGCGUCGUCGGAGCUUGUCAGUACCCUGCCUGCUAACAUAGUCUACCCAAAUGCGGCUGGCACGUGCACGGGCACUUGUGCACAGGGAGUUCGCAAGCUGGACUAUUUCCUGGUGUCUAUUGGCCUGCCCAAG